UUGCUCCGGGUACGCCUCUGACUCUCGCACACAUACACACACUCGUCUCUCUCUCUGCAUCUCUCUCUCUCAUACACAAACACACACACACAAUUAUACUCAUGGUGUGGUUGGUACUACCGUGUUGUUGACUCCGGCUUUCUGGGUGCGCGUUGCCCGUUUCCAAAUAUAAACAUUGACCGCACCGCUCCGCUACAAGGAGGCGACUUUCUGGAGCUCGCAAACUGAACAGGGGUGAGAAAGCGCCCAAAGACUUCGAAAACUUUGACAGCCAGCAGUGCACAGCAGAGGAACAGCGAGAGGGAAGACGGAGUGACGGGCGGACAGCUACUUUGAGGAUGGAGGAGGAAUGCGCAGUCAAGCCAUCGGUGGCAGAGCUGGCUGGACGGUUCAAGGGUCAUCCUCUGCCAAUGCCCACAGCGCAUGACGAGAAACGGCCGAUCAGGAAAAUCCCUCCGUGCUCCUUGAACUUCCACAAGAAAGAUGGUGACAGCGAACCAGAGAGACCUGCGAUUCUCUCACCCACCCCAAAGGGCAAGUUGAAGAUCUCCCCUCUGUUUGAGAAGAUCCAGGCGAACCUGGCCUUGUCGCCCACCGCUUUGAGUCCAGACGUGAAGCUCCAGGGCUCACCGUUCGCCGCCCCCGCCGGACCCGGGUCCCCGUGCAGCCCUCUGCCCAUCAGCCCCACGCUGCGCCAGCCUCCGCCACAGACGCUUGCCAGCGAGGAGGAGGUGCCCGUCAGCUUUGAGCAGCCAGCAGAGGGCACGCCCCUGCCCAGCAUCAACAAGUGUCGUGCCCGUCUCUCCUUCAAGCGACGGCCACCCACCCGCCAGCACCGCAAGUCGGCCAGCGAGGGCCCGGAACUCUCCCCCACCGGUGUGCCCAACGGAGACGACGCCGACGUGUUCGACGCGCCCGCCGAGGGCCGCUCCUCCCCACAGCCCUCCGUCGUCAAGGAAGCCUCGGAGGAGGACGACGAAGGAGGAAAGGAUGCUGGCGAGGCCCAGGAGAAGGCCGCGUCUGGUGGGCAGGACACUGACCAGAAGGCCCCUGUGGAGACGGGUGCGGAGGUGCAGGCUGAGAAGCAGCAGCAGCAGGAGCAGGAGCAGGAGCUGGACCCUGAGGAGGUGGUGAUGGAGGAGAGCCCUCAGGCGGAGGAGGAAGCAGCUCGGACGAUAGAGGAGGAGGGCUCGUCUCCCGAGGGAGGGGACGACAGUGGAAAGAACUAGAACCAAAAACACUGGAGACUGAGGCAGACACACGAACGCCAAAAAAACUCGCCAUGCAUCGAGUGUGAAGCAAAAGAAAAACGAAGAAAGAAAAAAAUGCCAUGACAAUCUGGUGGCAGUAACUGAGGGGGGAUGCGUCACUCACCACAAACACAAAUGAAAGAAGACAUGAGUUGGUCUCGGUCAGACCGGAGAGACCGACUGUUGUUUUCUCUGUUUACCCUUUAUGUUGGACUGCCACGCUGUGUUCUUGUACUGCCCUUUAGAUGUUGCUAGGGAGGGGAGCGGGUGCCUCUCACAGUGAACAGGCCCAAGGCCACUGGGAGUGCUGCUCCCUUCAUGCAGGUCGGGCGCCCGAGAGAAGAAACUCUGCUGGGCAACUCAGUAAUAUUCUGAGCAAAACCAUUCUACGUGUAUCUCUUUAUCAGUGAAUUUGUUUGAUAAUAAUAAGGAUCACCAUUUUUUUUUUUUUUUUGCAAAAUGGCUUAAUUUACAUUUUUAAAUGCCUUUUUUUGAAAUGGGGUGGGGUGGGGUGGGGGGGUUAAGGUGUAAUAUGACGGGUUAUUUGGUCUCUGUUACAAAGAGGGUUUGUAUGGAAACUUAAUAUAUCAUUGACAGAAAGUGCAUAUGGGCUUCUGGGUUGUCUGUGACUUGAACAAAAACUAUAAUAUUACAAGAAAGUACUAUGGAACCGUGUAGGGGACAUGGGCAAAACAAUGUAUGCUUAAUAUUGUGUGAAUGAAAUAGGACCUCGUCCACACAGUUUCUGUCAUAUGUGCCCAUGAAAUACUACUUUUUGCACGUGGUUUCUUUAAUCUGUGCCCACCAAAUAGGGAUUCAUGUUUACCAUGUUUCUUUUACAAUUUGUUAUUUCAUCCCAGCCCAGUACACCAUGGCAGACCACUGGUCACUCAACUAGAUUGCCUCAAAUUGCAUCCCUAUCCAUUAUGAUUAGGCUGAUUUUUUUUUUUAUUGGAUGCCUGCAAGGAUCUGAUUGUUGAAAAUGAGGGAUGGAAAACAAAUUGUGCACACAAAUGAAAGAAAUCAUGCACACAAAUCCCUAUUUCGCCCCCAUGUCCCUCGCCAGGGUUCCAUAAAGUACUGUCCACGGCGGACGAUGUUUUCUCUACACUGUUUGCAGCUACUUUUGGGGAAAGGGGCUUUCCCUGUGAUUUAAGGACAUCAAAACAUUUUCAACUGCUACUGUAGAUUACUCUAUGACCUUGUAUUGUAAAUAUCCAAUCAAAUAAAGAGCUUGAUUUAUAUUUUACAUAA